AUGAGUAAGAUAGUAAAAUAACGAGUAAGUAUGCAUGAUGAAUCAACUAGUUUAUCAAUAUAAUCUAAGAAUGUAAGCAAAAAAAGUAAUAAUUUUCAAAUAUAUAAUGAAUAGAAAAGUAAAACCACAAAUAAAAAGCAAUAAAAGAACUAAUUUGCAUAGUAUCAGUACCAAAAUCAUUAAAAGAGCGUGUUUAUAUAAAAUCAGAUGUAGAACUAAAAUUAGCACUUAAUUAUAUUCCAGAACAUUGCUUAGGAAAUCUAAAAGAAACACCCUGUACUUACAAUCACAGAGUAUCACGCACAGAUUAACUAGAUGAUGUGUAUUUUUAUACAUUAGAGCUUCUUGAUGAACCAAAUUAUUCAUUUGAAUAAAUAGUUAAUCUUCUAUCAAAAUUAGAGGAUCCCUGUGCUUAAAUUGCUAUAGAAUUAGUACAUUAAAGAUUCAAUAUUCUUAAUGAGUACACUUAACAUUAUUAUAUAUCAAAUGAAGAAUUGUUAUAAGUCGAACAAAUUGCCUAAGAUUAUCCAUAUCAUUGUAUUAUACAAAAAGUGAAUAAAGACAAUAGUUCAUUAUCCUAAAGAAUAGUAAAUGAAUAAUUUUAUACACUUAUGGGAGUAACUAGAGAUAUGGUUUCGCAUCAUUUGCAUGAAACUAAAACUCUACCAUCUAUUUUUGAUAUUGGAACAUCCUUACAACUAUGGUGUGAUAUAACUUUUAGUUCACUCUCAGGAGUUUAAUAUUUUGAUCAAUAUAUUAAUACUUAUGAAGGUGCAUAAUAUAAAUGUAGAAUUGAAUAAAAAUAAAUGUUUAAAAGAACCCAAGUUAAUCCUAAUUAAAUUGUCUUCAUUGAAUUUAGAAUUUUUAAGUUGGAAGAACCAUUAAAAUCAUAAUUAUUUAAUCCUUAAAGACUAUACUAAAAUUAAAUAGACUACUUCAAUAAGAAGAAUACAGAAGAAGAAUAUCAACAAUUCUUAAAAUCUAUGAAUUAUAAACAUUCUCCUCAAUAUAAACAUUCUUAACCUUGUGGAUAUAAGCAACUUCCUUGGAUAUGA